AAGGUCACGUGACGGCUGACGCAUGCACAGGCCGAUCCGCCGACCUUGACGUGAAAGGGAUGCAGGUAUAAAAACCACCUCGAUUGGCGCGCCGGAAGCUCUAGUAUAAGCAAGGAUGCCUGUCAUGCGGCCAGGGGACGAUCUCUUCAACGAGCACGAGCUCACAGUGACACGACAACCGCUCGAAAACUUCAGAGCGCAGCUUCUCAACGAUAUACAGCAGGACCCAGCUGCCUACAACCCGCAAGAUGUCAAACGGAUACGCGAGUGCGACGAGCUAUGCCGGCGGUAUGUGCGGCAUAAGAAGCUCGACGUUGCUGCGGCGGUGGAGUUUGCCAAGCAUUCGCUACAGUGGAGGAAACACAUCGGGAUCAACGACCUCCGCGAGGAGGACCUUGAAGUAGACUUCUUCGACAGACGCGUCCUGGUGCCCUACAACCAGGACAAGACAGGAAGCCAUUUGCUGAUGGUUCAUGUCAAGGGCCACUUCAAGGAUUCGUCUCGAGUGCAGGAGAUGCGGAAGUUCAUGGCCUACUUUAUGGAAAAAAUACUGUACGAGUACGGGGCACUCCGUGUGACCAUCCUGUUCGACUGCACUGACGCUGCUAUUGCAAACUUUGAUAUGGAGCUCAUCAAGUUCAUCAUAGCUGUAUUUAAAGAAUACUACCCAUGGGCAUUAGGGCACAUCAUUGUGUACAACAUGCCUUGGUUAUUUAAUGCCGCCUGGAAGAUCAUCAAGACAAUGAUCCCAUCCGAGGGAGUGCAGAGGAUCAAGUUCGUUAGCAAGGAGACAUUACUGGACUACGUGGACAGCGACAAGCUUCCCGUCUGCAUGGGCGGCCAGGACCAAUACGUGUACGAGUACGUGAAGGGUAAGCCCCUGGGUGAGAGGUGUCCUGUCGUCACGUAUCCCCUAGUCCAGAUCCCGUAGCGUCUGUGUAGUGCCAACGAUAUUGUAAAUAAACUUACCUCAUAUUUAA